GGUCGGGGCAGUGGGCACUCACUGUAGCCAGGUUGCAUUGAUUGAGGAAUGUCGAUGACACCACCCCCAUCAUUUUGUUUCCUAUUCCAAUCAUAACACCACUUCUCCCUCUCCCCUGCAAAUUGUUCGAGCAAAUUCCCCAUUGACAUAUUCUCAUUCUCCUCUCCACCCAGAUCUACGAUGCACACACACCGAAUCUCUCCUCCACUCCACUCCACUCUUGACUCGCUCGCCCAAGCCUCCCCACUCUUUAAAUUUUGAACCACCACGACCACCACCAACUCUAGAGAGAGAAAACAACAUCUGCUUCACACGCAUUGAUACUGCGCCGGCGUUGGGUUCGGGAGAUGGGUGAGUUAGAAACGCAUGCGGCGCUGCCUCUGUUGAGGACGGACGACGACGACGGCGGCGGCGGCGAGAAGAUGCACAGAGGGAGCGGGGACCGGCGGGCCGCGAAGCCCCAGCCGCCGCAGGAUGAGGAAAUCCAGAGGUGCCCACGAUGCGACUCCACGGACACCAAGUUCUCCUACUACAACAACUACAAUCUUUCGCAGCCGCGGCACUUCUGCAAGUCCUGCCGCCGGUAUUGGACCGUCGGCGGCUCCCUCAGGAACAUCCCUGUCGGCGGUGGCACCCGGAAAAGCUCGGGGAAGGCGAAGCACAAGACCUCCGCGAGAGCCCAUGAGCCGAAGGGGUCGAAGAGGCAGCCUCUCCUGCAGGCCAAACCCGAGCCGGUCGAGGAGGUGGCCCCAGAACGCGAGGUACCGGCAAUGGGACGGGCAGUUUCCGACGAUCUAGCCGGCGACAACCUUCUCGACGCCACCGGCACCUUCAGCUCGCUGCUUGCUUCCGGGGGGUGUUUCGGCGAGCCGUUGGGCGGGAUCGGGUGGCCUUCCGGCCUGGGCGGCGUGUGCUCUUUUGGGUUUGAUGAUCUGGGUAUGGGCAAAUCGUCAUGGGGGUUGCCGGAAUCCGGCGAUGGAGCGCUGUGGCAAGGGCUGAAAGAGGAGAACCUUGACGAAGAGUGCUGGGGUAUGAGCGGCAUGUCAGAUUUGGCUAUUCCGGCUCCCGGAAAGAGCUUCCGGUGAGGUAACUCCGGUGGAUUUGCAGAGAAAACUCUUCAACUACCACUUUGGUGACUUCCUUUUCACGCUCUUUCUUCUCUAGACUAUAAUGAUUCGGGCUUUCUAUGUAGAGAGAGAUUUACGUGAGGAAGAUUGUGCAGGGAUUUGUUCUGAUGGCGUGUUGGAUUUUGGGGUAUAGGAAAGAAAAGGAAAAAAAAAAAAAAAAACAACUUUUCUACUGUUCUUAGGGUUGCACUUAUUCUUUUUGAAUUUUAACCAUACUGUAAAAAUCUUCUUCUUCUGUUCUUUUCUCCUUGUUCCUUGUAGAAUUUCUCAGACCAUUUGGAAAUCUGGUGCAUGAGUCA